GCCAUGAGCGCCAUUCCGCAAUGGUUGCACACGUCUCACAACCAUACCCAUCUAGAGAGAGUCAUCGUGGAACUCUCGAAACGGGAGCGAAUUCGCGAUGCUGCGAGAUCGCAAUCCCGCCGCCGUGCCAUGCCUUCACGCACAACUCGCCGGUCAAAAGUUGCUUCGAUGCUUGCCAACUCGGUUCCCGGAAUCUCCGGCCCUGAAGAGGCGCUCGUGCGAUACUAUGCUGUAUCCGCAGGAUGCGAUGACGAGGCCCAACGCUGCAAUCGAUACUAUCAUCUAGAACCGUACGACCGCACACGAGUUGUAGUCGGCGAAGGUUAUGAAGGGCACCUCGAAAGUGGCCAGGAGCAAAUAGAAAAGAUCGGUACGAACACCGGAGGCCGAUACCUGAACGCGAACUGGGUCCGCGAGCUGGCCGGAGGGAAGUGGUGGAUAGCAACGCAGGCUCCACUCCCAAACACCGCACAUACAUUCUUGAGUCUUCUGCUUCAGCCUAGCACUCGUCCCCCGGAGUCCAUAUCUGUUGCGGCGGCGGAAACAUAUAGGACUAGUCGCGUGAGGACGAUCGUUCAGCUCACUCGUAAUUUUGAAAGUGGAACCCAGAAGGCACACGUCUACUUCCCUUCAGAGGUUGGGGAUCAUUGGGCCAUUCGUUCGGAGGAGAGCCAUCAUGCACCUCCUCUUCGUGUGCGACUGCUCAAUAGCUCAAACAUGGACGACGCGCAUUGCAUCAUAAGCCAUGUUUCAAUCACUCCGCUCACCGCCUCCGGAGAAGAUAUGUCGGAGCCGAUCAUUUUCAAUCAUCUGCUCUUCCACGCUUGGCCAGAUCAUGGAGUUCCAGAGGUGGAGGAGCGACCGAAACUCCUCAAUUUCAUCAGGCUGGUCGACCAAGUCAACAAGGAUGUCUCUUGGAUCCCACAUGGACACGACCUUGAUCCGGAUCCUGCUAUCAUCAUAGGCUGCUCUGCUGGCAUUGGACGAACCGGGUCCUUCAUUGCACUUGCAUCCCUUAUGCGUGCUUAUGGUUUAAUGCCUUCUCCGUCACCGUCAUACACUCCGGCCCCGCUAUCACCUGCCCCUCCUCCCUUACCGGCGUCACCUCUAGGUCCUUUACCGGAAGACUUGCGUGACGAUAUGGUCGCUCAGGAAAUCGACGCCUUACGCGAGCAGCGGCCGGGCAUGGUUCAGAGGGAAGAACAAAUUCUUCUGAUAUAUGAAGCUUUGGCGUUGGCGUUCAUUCAGCACCAGCACCAGCCGUAGGUUGCAAUUACAUGUGCAUCAUUCCGAAGACUGGUUCUGAACGUGUUCAUUAUCGUUAAGAGUGUAGCCGUAACACGAAGUGUUUUCCAUUGUCGCACAACAGCACAACUGUAUUCUAGGGGGACCAUGUGAUAAUGGCUUAUGACGGAUGCCGCAACCAAUGCUUCAC